CACUGUCAUGGCGGCGCCCUCGUGUCAUGCGUGUAUGUUAUCGUUCAGUUUAGUAGUUUGACAUUUCUCAAAACUUCAGUCAUUCAAGGCGUAUUUUAUCAUCACCUUUAUUCAUGUUCUUGUCCGGUCAUUAAUGUACACUGCUGUACGUCGGUGUGACAUGUUUGCGAAUAUUUUCUACACAGUUUGAGCGCCUCGAUGCACAGCUGCCUGCUAACAUUAAGACACACUGUUAACAGUCCCUUCUAACGUGCGGCAGUUUAUCCAUAGGUGUUACUUUGGUAAGUUGUAGGGAAAAUGAAGACGAAGAAAAACCAGGGUUCGUCCUCCGGACUGAAAAAACAAGCCAAACGGAGCAUCCAUGUGAAAGGUAAAUGGAAAGCUGUAGAGCUCGACCCAAGUCUCUUUUCUGAGGAGGGCUUGGAGGGUCUGGUAUGUUUUGAAGAGCUCACAAAUUACCGUCUGGUUGACUCUGAAAAGGCUGCAGCUAUCGCAGCAAAAGAGCUAGAAAAAGAGAAGAAGAAGAAAGCGAAGAAAAGAAAAGCCAGCGAGGGAGAGGAGGCUGGAGAAAAGGGGGAUGUUGAAGGCCAACAGGGGGCGAAAACAGAUGAACCUGCCAAGAAAAAAGCCAAAAAGAAGAAGAAAAAUAAGAAAGUGUCUGCAGAGGAAUCGGUGAAACCAGAUGACAUUUCUGCACUGGUUACACCGGAGGAUGAAGCUGCAGGUGAGGAAGGAGAGAAAGCUGAAACUGCUGAAAAUAACGUUUCAAAAGAUACAGAAAGUAGCUCAGAGCCCGAUGUCAAAACAAAACAAGCAAACAUGAAAAAGAAGAAGAAAAAAAAGAAGGUAGAGAAAAAUAAAACCUCUGUGGUAGAGCCAAACCAGGAGACACCAUCAGAACCUCAAGCUGUAGAAGAAAAGCCCACUCAAGAAAAUGUGACAAAACCUCCAAAAAAGCAGGCAACGAACUGGACAAAUGCAGCGCACUUUGGCUCUGAUGUCAAAAACAUUGAUAUGAGUGCAUGGAAGAACUUGUUUGUUCCUCCUCCCGUGCUAAAGGCACUGACAAGCCUUGGAUUUGGAUCACCAACCCCUAUUCAAGCUCUCACUUUGCCUUCUGCAAUCAGGGAUCGGAUGGAUAUACUGGGAGCGGCAGAGACAGGGAGUGGGAAGACAUUGGCAUUUGGCAUUCCAAUGAUUCACUCCAUACUGGCGUGGCGAAACGGCUCAGAAAAACCUGGAGAGGACAAAAAUGAUGCAACUUCAAAGGUGGAAAGUUUGUAUUUACCAGCGGUAGAGGAGUCGACAGAAGAGGAAGAAGAGAGUGAAACAGAGCAGGGUCAAAAAGAUGAACAUGACAGAGAGGAUGAAGAUGACCAAACUGAAACAGAUAACGAUGUGAAGCUCAAAGGUGUUCAGGUGAUUAAAAAUGCAGAUGCUGACUUUGACCCCACAGCUGAAGAUGAAGAACAAACAGCUGGUGGGCUGGGUCAGCCUCUGCUUGGACUAGUGCUCACUCCAACCAGAGAGCUUGCUGUUCAGGUCAAACAUCACAUCGAUGCAGUGGCAAAGUUUACUGACAUAAAAACUGCUAUAGUGGUUGGUGGUAUGGCUCCACAGAAACAACGACGGAUGCUAAAGAGAAGACCAGAGAUUAUUAUCGCCACUCCAGGCCGUCUGUGGGACUUGAUCAAGGAGAGGCAUCCACAUCUGCUGAACUUGAGACAGCUCAGGUGCCUGGUCAUCGAUGAAGCAGACCGCAUGGUAGAAAGGGGCCACUUUGCAGAGCUGGAGAGUCUGCUCGAGAUGCUGAACACCGUGCACUUCAAUCCCACGAGACAAAUGUUUGUGUUCUCCGCCACUCUGACGAUGGCUCACAGCUUGCCGACACGCCUCUUGCAGAAGAAGAAGAAGAAUCUGGACCAGAGGAGCAAGGUGGAAGUUCUGAUGGAGAAAGUGGGGAUCAAGUCCAAACCCAAAAUCGUUGAUCUGACCAGGAAGGAGGCAACGGUGGAGACCCUGACAGAGACCAGAAUCCACUGCCAGAAGGAGGAGAAGGACUUCUUCCUUUAUUAUUUUCUGCUGCAGUAUCCUGGCCGCACCAUGGUGUUCGCUAACAGUAUAGACUGCAUCAAGAGGCUGAACUCUCUGCUGGUUAUACUGGACUGUACUCCACUGCCACUUCAUGCCAACAUGCACCAGAAACAACGCCUAAAAAACCUGGAGAGGUUUGCUGAGAGGGACAGCUGUGUUCUACUGACUACUGAUGUGGCAGCAAGAGGACUGGAUAUCCCCAAUGUUCAGCAUGUUAUUCACUACCAGGUUCCCAGGACGUCUGAGACCUACGUCCAUCGAAGCGGCAGGACAGCAAGAGCAACCAAAGAGGGUCUGAGUUUGCUGCUGAUUGGUCCAGACGACAUGAUGAACUUCAAAAAGAUAUACAAAACGCUUGGGAAAGACGAGGAGCUUCCCAUGUUCCCCAUAGAGACGAAAUGUAUGGAAGCAAUUAAGGAGCGAGUAGACUUAGCCAGACAAAUAGAGAAGAUCGAGUUCCACAACAGCAGAGAGAAGCACCACAACUCCUGGUUCAGGCAGGCUGCAGAGGCCCUGGAGGUGGACCUGGAUGAUGAUCUUUUAAUUGGCAAAGGAAGGGACGAAGAAGCCGACAGAGAGCAGCAGAAGAUGGUUAAAGGGAUGAAAAAGCAUCUAAAGCAUUUGAUCUCCCAGCCAGUGUUCAAGAACCUGAUAAAGACCAAGUACCCGACACAGAUGGGAAAGCUCUCCCUGCCUCACCUGCCUCUGGCUGGGAAGGAGAGUGCCCUUAGCAGGGUUUCAUUACAGGGGGAGAAACAGAAGUUAAAGAGAGUGACUCAAAAAAAGCAGAAAAAGCAAAGAAAGCAACAGCAGCAGUGACCUGUAAAACAUGUUUUUAAAGAGUCCGUCUUUGACAGUAUUUAUGUAACACUCUUACAUAAAACAGUUUGAUUCAUUUGAAUAAUAAUUGCACAAUGUGUAAAAAAUUCUGUUCAAAUGCUGUACGCUGCAAAUGUUUAUAAAAAUGUUUUCAUUAGUGUCCUAAUGAGAUUUUAUUCACCAUAAGUAAACAUCCCUGAGUCAA